AUGAAGCGGUUAGGUAAUUUUAAUUGCAAGAGAAGAAACCUGUAUGAUGUGAUAAACACACAAAGAGAGAAUAAUAUUAUGUUUCUUUAAAAAGAAAGAAAGACGCAAAAGCGCAUGUGAUCGUAGCCGACAGUUUUAAGUAAAGCCAGCCAACAUAUUCGUGAAAGCCAUUCACUCUUUUAGAUCUCUCUGACUUCGUCUGCCAAGUAGAUCUGCUGCUGCUGCAAUGGCCUCUCCUCUUCUUCCGACUUCGACUACUCCUGAUCAUCUUCCCGGCGGUGAUCCGCAGUUGCUGAGCUCUCUACGCGUCCUCUUGUCUCGCGUCCUAGCCUCUGUCCGUCAUGCUUCUGCCGACGCCAGGCCCUGGGCAGAGCUCGUUGACCGGUCAGCGUUUUCGCGGCCACCGUCGCUCUCGGAGGCAGCGUCGCGAGUAAGGAAGAACUUUUCCUACUUCCGAGCCAAUUACAUAACCUUAGUGGCCAUCCUACUCGCUGCGUCUCUCCUCUCGCACCCUUUCGCUCUCUUCCUCCUCGCUUCGCUUGCCGCUUCUUGGCUUUUCCUCUACUUUUUCCGUCCGUCUGAUCAGCCCUUGGUCAUCGGUGGACGUACCUUCUCCGAUCUUGAGACGCUAGGAAUGCUCUGCCUCUGCACUGUGGUGGUGAUGUUCAUGACUAGCGUUGGAUCGCUCUUGAUGUCGACUCUAGCCGUUGGGGUCAUGGCCGUGGCCAUCCACGGUGCCUUUCGUGCUCCCGAAGAUCUGUUUCUUGAAGAACAAGAAGCCAUUGGAUCUGGCCUUUUUGCAUACUUCAACCACAAUGCCUCUAACGCAGCUGCCGCUGCCAUAGCCACUUCCGCAAUGUCGCGCGUUCGAGUUUGAGAUUAUUACUGAAGAGACCACAUCCCUACACCGCAUUUUCAAAGUGUGAUAAUUAUUCACAUACAUUUGCUUCAUAUUGUAUACAAUUGAGUUGUUGUAACUUGUAACCAUUCUUUUGUCA